AUGGCUUCAGCAACUCAAACAGAGCUGAGGGCGAAGUUCCUUCAGGAAGCCGCUCAUCUCCUCGCAAUUCCCUCGCCAACAACGGCAGCGUUUCUAGGUAAUGCAUGCAACAAGCUAAUCGAAGAUGCUGAAGUCGGUAUUUCAAGCAAGGAGACGGAUGCCCUCCGACGAAGUAUUUGCGGCGCAUGCGGGAAUGUCAUGAUUCCAGGAUGGUCGUGCAAGGUUUCGAACAAAGACAAGCGCAAGAACACUGGCAGAAAGUCGUCGGUGCCCGAGAAAAGUAUUCGGUAUACCUGCUUGCGAUGCGAACGAGAGACACUUCAGACGCUUCAGCGAAGGCCUCGCAGACAGGUCAAGAGAUCACGGUCUCUGUUGGAUACAGUCUCAACGUCGGCGGCUCCGACUACGACUAAGAAAGAAGACGAUACAGCUCCAAAGACGAUUAAUGCAAGCAGCAAGCAAAGACAGAGGGCACGCAAAGGCGGCCUGCAAGCUAUGCUUGAAAAGAAGAAGACACAAGACUCGGGCACGGGCGGACUCGAUUUCAUGGACUUUGCGCUGUAA